UAGUAGCAGCAUAGCAUCCAUCAAAACCAAAUCCUUCAACUCUCUCCUCUCCUCAGCUCAGCUAACCUCUCUUCUCCCCUCUCACGAACCCCAACAAUCUUCAGCUCCGUCGUUCCAACAACCCUCAGAUCCUGCAAUUCCUUAACUCCGAUGAAACUCCCGCUUAAUUUUGGUGGGGUAAGACUGGAGGGAGAAAAAUCAUAUUUAACUUGGUCUAUGUUGGAGAGCAAGUGAUGUUUCUUGAUGUGUGUGUUGCUUGCGGAGUCUCGUCGUCCAUGAAACAAGUCUGGAUGCAUGAUUAGAAUGGGGGAAGCAAAGGAGAAUAGAUGCUUUGAGUUUUGACUGCAUUCACUAAUUUGUUUUGGCUAUUGACUUCUGACGGCACAACCUGCCUCGACUAAAUGGGAAAACCUAAAGUUAAAGAGUCUGAAGAGACCGGUAGACAGAUCAACAGUGACACAAAAUGCAAUUCUAAACAACAAGAAGUUGUAGAGAAUGCUAAUGAACGGCCGGAUUGGUUACCUGAUGGCUGGAGUGUGCUAGUCAGAAUUCGGAAAAGUGGUACACAAAUGGGAUCUUCGUAUAAGUGUUAUAUUGAUCCGUUGAAAGGACUCAAAUUCUUCUCCAAACCUGAGGUAUUGCGACACCUUGAAACUGUAAAGGACAGCAACUGCACUCCCGAGAAGGGGAAGAAACGCACUAAUAUGCAUUCUCCAAGCAACAUCCUUGACAACCUAACCUCAAAGGACAGCAGCUGCACUCCCAAGAAGGAGAAGAAGUGUACUAAUAUGCCCUCUCCAAGCAAAAUCCUUGACAACAUAACCUCAAAGGACAGCAGCUGCACUCCCAAGAAGGAGAAGAAGUGUACUAAUAUGCCCUCUCCAAGCAAAAUCCUUGACAACAUAACUACAAAGGACAGCACCUGCACUCCCAAGAAGGAGAAGAAAUGCACUAAUAUACCUUCUCCAAGCAAUAUCAUUGACAGCAUAACUACAAAGGACAGCACCUGCACUCCCAAGAAGGACAAGAAGUGCACUAAUAUGCCUUCUCCAAGCAACAUCAUUGACAACAUAACUACAAAGGAUAGCACCUGCACUCCCAAGAAGGAGAAGAAGUGCACUAAUAUGCCUUCUCCAAGCAACGUUGUGGUUGAUAAGUCCACUGUGGAGGAUUUACCACCUGGAUGGAUUAAAGAAGUAAAGAUUAGGAAGAGCCGCAACAACACUAAGAAGGAUCCGUAUUAUAAAGAUCCAGUGAGUGGAUAUGUAUUCCGUUCCAAGAAGGAUGUACUGCGAUAUCUUGAAUCUGGAGAUAUAGGUUCAUGUGUAUUUAAACCACACAGAAGUCAAAUCCAAAAUGAAGACAACUUAACUCCUUCGCGUGCUGGUAAGAGACAGAAUCUGAAGCAGUCUGCAUCUAAGCAACAGCUUUUUGUUGCCAAAAAACUAGUUGAUAAAAGCAGCUUAGAAUCGGCAGAUGUUAGCAACUCGAGGAAAGGGCAAGAUAGGGAUGUACCAUCUGGAAUCAAUGAAAACAAGUGCGAGUCUGUUGUAAAGGUGCAUUCACCAGAGGAUGGAGCUGCAAACCGUCCUGAAAUACCUGACCCAGGUAGCUCAGCUGUUUUGAAAUAUGAAUCAAUGAAAAAAUCGGAAAAUUGUGCAGAUGGUGUGCAUGAGAAGGAGCACGUUCUAAAUAUGAUGGAGAAUACUAAUGAUAAGAAUCACAACAACCACAGAACAUCCAAAAACAAGGAGUUCAAUGUGCGUCAUCGUUCUUCACCAAGACUUGCUGGGGCUGUACCUGUCCAGAUGGCCAACAAUGUGAUCAAUGAGCAGACUCUUCAAGUUCCAAAAAGAAGCUUGAGGAAUAGUAGAUCCACUCAAGAUGUCGAUAUGGGAAGUAAAUCAUCCCAGCAUUUCAACGGUAUCCCAGAUAAAAUGCAGCAAGUGGCAGUGAACACAGGCACCGAUCUUUCUGCAGACCAAGUAGUUUCCAAAGAACAACAUCAGCUGGAAAGAGAUAAUACAGAAGACAAUAAGCCAGGAAUUCGUGCUAACUCAAACAAAUCAAGAAAGAAGAAAGGGCACUGCGUUCCUCGUCGAGCUUCAAACCGACUAGCUGGAUUGAAGCAAAGUGAGGGCAGGCCAGUUACAGAGCUUGUAGAUCAUGCACCAAUAAAUGGAGAGUCUGGAAGUAGAAGAAUAGAAUCUCCCAAAAUCCCACCUACUGCAGACAAUCAACUGGAGAAACAUGAAGAUGGAGAAAUGGAAGAUGAGAAAUCAGAACCUCAGCUGUCCUUUGCAUUCCACUACUCAUGGUCUGACCCAAGUGUGGAAUUCGCAAUCAAUACCCUCACAGGUGCGUUACCACCUGCUGAGAGUUCAGUUGUUAAUGGACUGACCACAGUCCCUGAAACUGAUAUUCAAAAAACUUUGUUUGACAACGUUACAGCAAGAAGCAAGGACAAUGAAAACAAUUCAGUUGAUAAAGGUCCCACUACAGUCCCUGCAACUGAUAUUCAAAACGAAGUGUCUGGCAAUGUUACAGGAAGAAGCAGGAACAAUCAAAACAAUUCAGUUGAUAAUGGACCCACAACCAUCUCUGAAACUGAUAUUAAUAAAACAUUGUUUGACAAUGUUACAGCAAGAAGCCAGGACAAUCAAAACAAUUCUCUUGACAAAGGUACAGGAAGCAGGGACAGAAGCCCACAAGUACAUUCAAAUAAAUCCAAGAGAAAGAAAGAGGUCAAAGUGCCCAUGCGGUUGUCAAAGCGACUUGCUGGUGUUGAACCCGAUGUUCCGCCUUCUGAAAGAGCUCUUGAAUAUUCAACCAAAAAAUCACGCAAAGAACCAACUGCUACUGCAACUCCAAUUUUAACUGACAGAGCCUCUAAUUCUGGCCAUCUUGAUGCUGGGGGGAAAACCAAGCAUAUGAAUACAUCUGACAGUUUGGAAACAGAAGUCCUUGCAGAAUCAUCAAACAAGAGUGAGAAGUCAUACAAUGCCCAAACUGUUCGCAAGAAACAACUGCAGCAAGCUGUAGCUGAAAAUAUUGGUGAUGAGAGAUCAGAGCCACAGGUCUCCUUACCAUUUGGGGACUCUUGGCCUGAUCCAUGCCUAGAUUUUGCAUUCAAAACUCUCUCUGGCGCUUUACCAGUUGAUUCUGCUACAGACAUCUUGCCUGUUAUGACUCCUGCUGUUUAUGAGCCGCCAAAUAAGGAAUUGCAUGGGAGAAUGGUGAUGGGCGUCAAUGGAGAAGCUCACAACAACACAAAUCAAUGCCGGAACAAGAAAGAUGUUAAUAUGGAUGGCCAGCCUCCAAAACCAUUCCUUGGGCAACCAGAGUUAAGGACCAGUUUCACAUCUUAUGCAAAUGCUCCUAAAUUUACAUCUGGAGAAUCUCAUAAUGAUGAAGCCAACAUGAUAAGGGGUUGGAAUGGGGAACCCCUGCACUUUGAAGCUGGAAAUGGGAAACAACCUGUGCAUCAUCCCAGGGGAAGUAUACACACACAAGUACAUGGAGAACCAUUACAGAAGAAUGGUCAGGUUGUUGAGGGUGAAUUUGGUACAGCAGCGCGACCACCUCCUCAAACUGAAACAUUUGACCUAAACCAGGAUAAUACUGAAUUUGAGUUUUGUGCUUCAUUUAUGAAUUCUUGGUCAGAAGACCCAUGUCUAGAAUUUGCAUAUAAGACACUUACAGGUGAGAUUCCAGUAGAGGAAAAUGUAGCAACUCAAGGAUGUAUCCAGCAACCUGCCAGCAGGAAUGAGAAAAGAGAUGACGGUUUAACUUUACCAGAUUUUGGAUUUUCCAGCUUUUCGCAAAGUGACAUCUCAUUUCAGUAUGAUAUAGGAAUGAUGUCCAUGCCAGGGCAGCAAUCGUCAUCAAUGAGCUCUUCAUUCCCAUCCACGGAAAACGCUAGCCAGCAAGGUUAUCCUCCUGGAUUUGGUCCUCAAAAAUACCCUCCUGGAUUUGAUCCUCAAAAAUACCCUCCUGGAUUUGUUCCUCAAAAAUACCAUCCUCAGUACAAUAAGAAUUUUCAAAGUAGGUAAAUUGAAGCAUUUGUUGCUAGCCCCAGGAUAACUACUGUUAGAAUAUGUACUUUUUUGUAGACUAAGAAAUCUUAAUCAUCGUCAUUAAGCAUCCUUUUGUUUCCUUGGUGACAUCUGUGAAUACAUUCUGAACAUAAGGCCAGCCAUGGUGUUUUGUGUUGUCUGUUGGGAAGAUCUCUAGGUUAGCAAGGAAAGGAUGUUAAGGAGUUCAACAGCUGUUUUAACAAUGCUCUCCUUUACUUCGCUCUCUAACUAAGUAAUUUGUAUCCUUUGUUAUUA